AUGUUCAUUCAGUUCUGUGUUUUGCACUUUUCAACAUCAUGUCAUUCGAAAAGUUUAAAAUUGUUAUGUGGAAAAAUUGGAUUAUUCAGAAAAGAAAUCCAACAGCAACACAACAUAAUCAAAAACUUAGCAGUUGAACGACAUGCCCUUCUAAGAGAAAUGAUGAAAAUUAUGGGCUUAUCAACCAGAAUUUAUUGGUUGUCGUGGUUCACGACAGCUUUCACCACUUUGUUCAUCACUUUUACAAUCAUCACAAUUUUCCUUUGCGUGACAGUUUUCAGCGUUCCAGCAUUUUUCAGUAAGAGUAGUUUCAUUCUUAUCUGGAUAUUUUUCCUUAUCUACAUUACUUCGCUAAUCACUUUGUGCUUCCUACUUAGUACAAUUUUUAAGAAGCCCAGCACAGCUGCUAACAUCGGAACAAUGAUUUUCUUCGCCAUGGUGAUUCCAUACAAUCAAUUUUCACAAAACUUUGAAUCAUUUCAUUAUGCUGUGAAGUUUCUUUAUUGUCUUCCAAUCAACACAGCAAUGGGCGAAGGUGUUGCAAUUGUGUUCAGAUUCGAAAGAGAUGCUGAUGGUCUUCAGUUUUCCAAUUUCCUUGAUCGAGCUGAUGUUGGAUUUUCAUUUGCUGAGAUUUUAUUGGCGAUGAUUGUAUCAACAAUUAUAUUUGUGAUUUUAACAAUUUAUAUUGAGAAUAUUUUCACUGGAAGCUUUGGAAUAGCAAAGCCUUGGCAUUAUCCAUUUACUGCAUGCUUCAAAAGACGUAGAAAUAUUGAAGCAAAUGAAGCUGUCGCCUAUCAAGAAGAUAAUCGAGUUACAAACGAUGACUACGAACCAGAACCACGCAAUUUGAAAACAGGAAUUAAAAUUAAAAAUUUAACGAAAACAUUCUCAGGUGUCAAUGUUGUUAAUAGUUUAAAUCUUAACUUAUAUGAUGAUCAAAUCACAGUGAUACUUGGUCAUAAUGGAUCUGGAAAGUCAACAACAAUGAAUAUUAUUACUGGCGUUCUUGCACCAACACUUGGAACUGCAUUUGUUAAUGAAUUUGAUGUGAGAAAGGAGACAGACGAAGCAAGAAGAUCUCUUGGACUUUGUCCACAACAAAAUGUUUUGUUCAAUGAUUUGACACUCAAGGAGCAUAUAAUUUUCUUUAGUAAACUCAAAGGAAUGAAGAACAAAGCAGAAAUUGAUGCUGAAGUUUCAAAAUACGUCAAUUUACUGGGUCUUGAAGACAAACUUAAUUGUCGUUCGAAAACGCUUUCGGGAGGUACAAAACGAAAACUGUGCACGAUAAAUGCACUUUGUGGAGGAUCUAAAAUUGUUAUUCUUGAUGAAGCAUCUUCUGGAGUAGACACAGGUGCGAGAAGAGCUCUGUGGGAUCUUUUAAUUCAAGAGAAAAUUGGAAGAACAAUUAUGUUAACAACACAACAUAUGGACGAAGCUGAAACUUUGGGUGAUCGUGUUGCGAUCUUACACGAAGGUCAUUUAGAGACAGUUGGAUCGCCUUACUUUUUAAAGAAAAAGUUUGGAAGUGGCUACAGAUUGACUUGUGUUAAAAGCACAGGUUGUGACUCUCGAGAAGUGACGAGAGUUGUGAAAGAAUCUUUACCUGAUGCUGAAUUAUUCUCCGAUGCUCAAACUGAGAUGAUUUUUGCCUUGCCAGAAAAAGAUUUGAUGAACUUUCAACAUCUUUUCAAAAUACUUGAAGAUGAAGCAGAUAUUUUGAGAGUUUCAUCUUUUGGUUGUUCGAUUACAACACUAGAAGAAGUUUUUUUGAAAAUUGGAGCUGAAGACGAUGCAAGAAAGAGAAAAAAUCAUCAAACUAUUGACGUGAAUUUUGAUCAAAUGGAAAUGGUGAAUGGAUGGAAAUUGAUAUUUUAUCAGAUUUGGGCGAUGAUAUUGAAAAAGUUUUAUUUCUAUAAAAGAAAUUUCUUUAUGUUUGUAUGGUUGAUACUUCUAAGUGCGUGGCUUAUUUUUGUAUUUUUGGUCGUGCCGAUUGAGUCGUUUAAUGAAGACGACUCUGAAGCUGAAAACGAUUCCCCAGUGCCAGAUGUCAACAUAACGAAUCUUAUUAUUAUCCUCGUGAUGUUCUUUUUCCUUCUAUGCUAUUGGCCGACAUUAUUCAUCAGAAUGAAAAUCAAAGAAAGAGUUUCACAAUCGAAACUUCUCCAGUUCAUUGGCGGUGCUAAUCGGUUGAUAUUUUGGUUGACGUCAUUCCUGCUUGACUUCAUUUUAUUCACUUUAAUCAUGGCCAUAAUUGUUGCAAUUGUAUUUGCAAAUCAACGUGAGAACUUCAAAACUGGAACAGAGGUUGGAACUUUAAUCUUAAUUUUCACAUUAUAUGGAUUUUCUGUUCUUCCAUUGAUUUAUUUGAUGUCAUUUUUGUUUGAAAAAUCUUCGACUGCUCUAAUUCUUUAUCCAAUUUACGCUGCUUUAUAUUUCCUCGUCGACAUUGAAGCUGUCAAUAUUUUAGCUAACAUUAUAUUUUGGAUUGGAUUGUUCUACCCACCAUUUUCAUUAGUAAACUGUUUCCAAAAAUAUUUUAUUAAUGCAUUUAAUGCGGAAGAUAACAUAAUAAACUUUGGUAGCAAUGGAAUUGGAUGGAACUUGGUGAUCAUGUUUAUCACUGGAUUAAUAUUUCUGUCAUUUUGUCUUAUGAUUGACUAUAAAUUAUUCGAUGAGAUUAGCUACAAACUUAGAAAGCAAAUGCACACGAAUCCAUUGGCAACAAAUCAAGUUAUUGACAAUGAUGUGAAACAAGAAGUUGAAAAAGUUAAAAGUUUUUCAUCCUCAGAAAUUUUGGAACGAAAUUUAGUUCUUCGUGGACUUUCAAAAGCUUUUGGCAAUCUUGUGGCUGUUAAUAAAUUGUAUCUUGAUGUCGAGCCAACUGAAUGUUUUGGCUUGAUUGGUGUGAAUGGUGCUGGGAAGACAACAACUUUCAAAAUGAUGAUUGGUGACGAAAGAAUUUCUUCUGGCGAUGGUUGGAUGAAAGGCGUCAGCUUCUAUAAGCAAACGGAUAAGGUUCAAAAGAGUUAUUGUCCACAAUUCGAUGCCUUGUUACUUGACUUAAGUGGAAAGGAGAAUAUGGAAAUAUUCUGUUUGAUUCGAGGGAUUCCAAGGAAAGAAAUUAAAGAAGUUAUUGAAAGUCUCUCUUCUCAGUUCGACUUCUAUCAACAUCUUCACAAGAAAACUAAAGUUUUUAGUGGAGGAAAUAAAAGAAAGUUGAGCACUGCAAUUUCACUUAUUGGAGCUCCAUCAAUCAUAUUUCUUGAUGAACCUUCUUCAGCUAUGGAUCCAAAAGCGAAAAGAAAACUUUGGGACAUGAUAAAUCGAACGAGAAAUUCUGGGAAAUCGAUUGUUCUAACAUCACACGGAAUGGAAGAAACUGAAGCACUUUGUACAAGACUUGCGAUCAUGGUCGAUGGAGAAUUCAAAUGUUUGGGCUCAGUUCAACAUCUCAAGAAUAAAUUCGCAAAAGGAUUUAUUUUAACAGUCAAAAUGGAGCGCGAAGACGACAUUGGAUUGUUAAAUCAAAUAAAAACUGAAGUUCAUCAGAAAUUUCCUUCUGCCAUUCUCAAAGAACGUUACUUGAAAAUUCUUACAUUUCACAUUGCUGAUACUAAUCUUAGAUGGUCUACCGCUUUCAACACCAUGACUCAAAUGCAAAAUGAGAUUGAAAUAAGUGAUUUCAUAAUUAGUCAAAUGUCUUUAGAACAAGUAUUCUUGUUUUUCAGUCAGAAGAGUCAAAGCAGCAUCGAAAUAAAUUGA